AUGAUCACGCUGUUGGACGCGAAUCACUGCCCGGGCUCGGUGAUGUUUCUAAUCGAAGGGAAGCGUGGCAUUGUUCUGCACUCCGGUGAUAUUCGUGCGGAACCCGCAGCGAUCUCUCAAGUUGUUCAAAAUAUUCAUAUUGCACCUUACCUUUUCACUGAGAGCCAGCAGAGGAAGAAGCUCGAGGCCGUUUACCUUGAUACUGCCAGUUUCAUCGGUACCCAAGUAGUUCCUUCCAAGGGUCUCGAUUGGGCGUGUCUCCCUGGAGUAUUCGCCGAGAGCCUAUCUUCUGAUGGAUACGAGACACUCCGGCGUUCCACACUGGAUGGAUUGAAGCAACUGUUCCCUGGCAUCGACCUGAUGCCAGAAGGAAUGGAAAAGCGAAUGGAACGAGUACUAAGCAAAUCUGGCCAUCCAGACGUAGAACACGAGAAUGCGUUUGGAUCAGACGAAGUCGAGUGGACCGAAGCUCGACUCCAGCGCGUCAAAAAAACGAAAGAACACAUUGAAACUUACUUGCUAUGGCUGUUUGGCCGCCGUGAUACUCCAACUUUGGCGGUCGCGGUAAACACCUUCCCCGCUAUUACUUCCCCCACUACAACACCAGCUGUGGAUUCUGACUCAAGUAACAACAUGUUCAAAGCAACCCUCGAGACGUUGGCACAGCUUCAUACUACACUGAAAAAUUCGGAGACAUCUCUAGGCCCGAGGCUUACUAUAAUCGAUUCAUGCCGCCCCCAUAUUGUAAUUCCUACUCGGACCGCUGGGGGCUCAUUAAAUAGGCGUCUGAUCCAAAACACCGACCAUUGGCGCGGGAAUGCUACGACCACAUCGACGAACACGAGUUCAUCAACGGCUACCUCCCAAACCCCUGUUACUUUUGCCGAGUCAGAUGCACGCGAGCGACGACGUAUCUCAAAGCUGAAGGAACGAGACAUUCGGGCACAGUUGGCCAAGCUCCCUCCCGGAUUUUCCAAGGCGUUAGUUGAGACCAAGUCGAAGUCUGGUUCUCAAUGA